AUGUCUUCAUCCGGCGACUCUUCCACAAAAUCACAUGAACACCCAAAGGGCUCCUGUCCAAUGACGGGCAAGACAUACGACUUCUGCCCGAGGCAAGCUGGGGACGUAAGAUCACCAUGCCCGGCGCUGAAUGCCCUCGCGAACCAUGGUUACCUUCCACGAGAUGGAAAGAACAUUGGCGUAUGGGGCCUCGUCCGCGCACUCAAAAACGGCUACCACCUAUCAACAAUGCUUUCCUGCAUCUUGUCGUUCAGCGCCAUGCUCCUACUUGGACAAUACAGAUCCUUGUCGCUUUCAGAUCUCGCUCGUCAUAACAUGAUCGAGCAUAACGCAUCACUUGUGCACAGAGACGACAACAAUGGCGCAGAAUAUGCCCCAACCAGGGUGGACAAGAAGCUAUUAGCAGCCCUUUGUGCGGAGGGAGGGAAGACACUCCCAAACAAAAUAACUCUCGAGGAUGCCGCGCGCAUUCGUGUCAAGAGAGAGGCGCAGUGCGGGAAGUUGGACGGUUUACAUGCCGAGAUAGCUCGAGGGGAGAUAGUAAUUGCUAUCGGGGUCCUAGGUGGCAAGGACGCGGCGAAGAACGGUGUCAAUAUUAGCGCCUUGCACGAAUGGAUGCAGCAUGAGCGUCUGCCUGUUGGCUGGAAGCCGGACCACACCCAGGGCUUGUACCAGACAUACAAAAUGGCGAAGUAUGUCAGGGAGCGCAUGAGGGAGCUUGGAACGCAGCAACCGUCUAACGAGCCGUCUCAGAGUUCGAAGGCCAUCGGUGAUCAGUAUUAA